AUGAGGUCAGGUGAGGAAUGUAUACAAAUAUUUCCCACUACAAUGACAGAGUUAUUUUUGGGAAAGUCAGAUGAUUAACUCUGGUUAAUAAUUAGUCAUAGAGAGUGGAACAAAUAUCAAAUAGCUGUCAUUUCACCAUUUUCUUCUUCCUCGUUUUAAGAGAGACAUAAAUAAGCCCUCCGACCGAUCUAGCAGAGAAGCAGGCACAAUGAGAAAGGUCACUUUACUCGCAGGUAAAAACAUUCUUAAUAUGUUCACAUAUAUUCUCUUUGUGUGAAAUUCUUCUUAUUUUUAUUGACUUUCAAUAUGUGCUUUUUAAGGUCUGUGCUUGGCUCUGUCCCACUUGGGUGAGUUUCCACAACAUUAUGACAUUUCCCACACAUUAUUAUAUUAACAUUUGAGGAUUUUUUUUAUUUGAAUUGUCACUCAGUAUUCAUCAAGAGAAUGAUGUUUGUAUUAGUCAUCUAGAAUUAUUGUGUGAUAUAUAACAAAGAUGCUACCAUGAAGUUGUGUCACCCUGGGAAAUGUUGACAGUGACUCAUAUAUGAUAGACACCGCAUUCUGUUCCUGUCUAAGGCUCUACCUCCCAACUGGUCUGCUACUUUACCAACUGGUCCCAGUACAGACCUGGAACUGGGAAGUACCUGCCGGCUAAUGUUGACCCUAACCUGUGUACUCACCUGAUCUACGCCUUCUCCAUUAUCAACCCUGCCAAUGAGCUUGCCACCUUUGAGUGGAAUGAUGAGACCCUCUACAGAUCCUUCAACGGACUUAAAGACAGGUUUGCAUCUUUUCCCAAGACAUUCUGAGAUGUUCAUGGGUAAUUGUUUACUGACAAUAGUAAUUGUAUUUUUGUCAUCCAACAGAAAUCCUCAGCUCAAAACACUUUUGGCUGUCGGUGGAUGGAUAUUUGGCACACAACAGUGAGAUCUUUUAUUUAUUAUAUUUACAUGGGUAACAGGUAGUAUAUUUUUUAUGUAUUCAUAAUAUAUUUCAUAUUUAGUAACAUCAACCUGAUUGAGCAUCCCUAAUUCUCCCUAGGUUCAGUAUCAUGGUUUCAUCACCUGCCAAUCGGCAGAAGUUCAUCCAGUCUUCGAUCAGUUUCCUGAAGAGGCAUGGUUUUGACGGGCUGGACCUGGACUGGGAGUACCCUGGAGCACGGGGAAGCCCUCCAGAGGACAAGCACAGAUUCACACUGUUGUGCAAGGUGAUGGUUAGGGUUAGCGAUAUGGCUAUGGUUAUUGUUAGGCCAGGGUGUGGACAUGAAGCUGGGGUAAGGGCUAGGGUUAAGGCUAGGGUUAGGGUUGAGCCGGGAAACAAUGCUACUAUACUUUUAUUUAGGGAUGAGGUAAAGAAAUUACAAUACAUGUAAUGCCAUAUGACAAAAAAUACAUCUGUUGUUUUUGUAGGAGCUCCUGGAGGCGUUUGAGGCUGAAGGCCAAGAAUUCAGCCACCCCAGGCUGCUGCUUACUGCUGCUGUGGCUGCUGGGAAAGGGACCAUUGAUUCUGGCUAUGAAAUUGCAGACAUUGCUAAGUAA